GAACGAUGUUGCAUAGGAGGGAGAAGAGUAUGCAAGAUGACUUACCGUAUGCCGGUUUACAAGGAUUAUGCACUUGUAUAUGAAGGAUCAGUUUUGUCUGACGAUGAUGAUGUUAAUAUGAUGAUGAGAUUUAUUGCAGAGAACAGAUUUCCAACUGCUGAGGUGUAUGUCGAGACAGAAGUUGUUGGCCAAUAUGGUGGGGGCGGUUAUACCGAACAAGGUGAAGGAUCGGGAGGUUUUUCCGGUUCAGGAGAUUUCAGAGUGCGGCAUGAUGCACCAUGGCCAACAUACGAGGAUCGAACUGCAACUGGUCCAUUGGUGGAACAUGACGGACAGGAGUGGCCAGUAUGGGGUGGAGAAUGGGAUUACAUAAGGGCACCCAGACAAGCAUAUACAGCAGCAUCUGGCAUCAACAGUGGUCAGAGUUUGGGAAGGGUCGUUCUUUCCCUUGGCUCAUGAAGCAUAUUGGCCCCAGUAUGAUGGACCUGUAGUGUGCCCUCCCGAGCACAUGAAGCGUACUAGAGGUCGACCUAGAGUUAACCGAAUUGCAAAUGAAAUGGAUAGAUCAAGGACACAGCGACGCCGCCCGAAGAAGUGCUCUGCAUGUCGAGUUGAAGGGCAUGAUAGGCGCCAGUGUCCAGGGCCAUCGACCGAUAAUUGAAACUUUAUGUUGUAAUUUGAAUUUUAUGGUGUGAUUUAUAUGUUGUAAUUUGAAUUUUAUGGUGUGAUUUAAGAACUUUAUGUUGUAAUUUGAAUUUUAUGGUG